CCAGCGGGGCAGGCGUGGUGCCUGUUGCCCAUAAAGGGACUCGGUGCUGCGCGGGCGCGCGGCGCCUUUAAGAAACUCCCCGCUCGCGCUGUGACGUGAAGACGUCGCGCGCUGAGGACUGUGGGGCAGGAAGGGAGUGUGUGUGUGUGUGUGUGUGUUUGUGCGCGAGAGAGCGCGACAGAGAAGAGUGUGUGCGCGCGCUGAACACGGAGCCACCGCACACGGUCCGUCCGCGACGGGCUUUCUGAUGCAGGGGCACGGCCCGGGGCAGGCUCGCGCUCACCGAGGAGAGGGAAACGAGCGCGCGGGUGCGCGGUGUGUGUGUGAGUGUGUGUGAGUGUGAGUGAGUGGGUGAGCGAGCGAGCGCGCGGAGCCAUGAGAGAGUACAAAGUGGUGGUGCUGGGCUCGGGCGGCGUGGGCAAGUCCGCGCUGACGGUGCAGUUCGUGACCGGCUCGUUCAUCGAGAAGUACGACCCCACCAUCGAGGACUUCUACCGCAAGGAGAUCGAGGUGGACUCGUCGCCCUCCGUGCUGGAGAUCCUGGACACGGCGGGCACGGAGCAGUUCGCCUCCAUGCGCGACCUGUACAUCAAGAACGGCCAGGGCUUCAUCCUGGUCUACAGCCUGGUCAACCAGCAGAGCUUCCAGGACAUCAAGCCCAUGCGCGACCAGAUCGUGCGCGUCAAGCGCUACGAGCGCGUGCCCAUGGUGCUGGUGGGCAACAAGGUGGACCUGGACGGCGAGCGCGAGGUGGCGGCCGGCGAGGGCAAGGCGCUGGCCGACGAGUGGAACUGCCCGUUCAUGGAGACCUCGGCCAAGAACAAGAGCUCCGUGGACGAGCUGUUCGCCGAGAUCGUCCGGCAGAUGAACUACGCGGCGGCUCCCGGCGGGGACGAGCAGUGCUGCGCGUGCGCGAUCCUGUGAGAGAGGAACGGGAGCGGCGGCGGCGGCGGAGCGGGCACGCGCACCGAGAGACUACGGGGACAAAAACAAGGAGCGUGUGUGGCAUGGCCAGAGUUUCUCUCUCUCUCUCUCUCUCUCUGUCUCUCUGUCUCUCGCGCGCGCUCUCUCUCCGGAGGGCCUAUCUUGUGUUGCACGAGACAAAACAACAAGACACAGACCAACUCGGACAGCCGCGCGCGCUCACUGGAGUCUUUUUCCCGUCUUGCUCGUCUUCAGCACGGACACGGGGGACGGUUACUUUAGCAAUUCCCGUUUUUUUCCUGUUGCUCUGCUGAUCCGGAGGGGCGUGCGCUUUUUUGCAGGGGUUGUGAACUGUUGAGCUACGUGUCUAACCACCCCCCCCAACCCCCCCCCCCUUUUUUUUUUUUUGCCUUGGCUGCAGUGAGAAUUCCUUUAAGGGAGGAGGAGGAGGAGGAGACAGCUGGGGCUGUUGGGAGUCUCUCUCCCUCUCUCUUCUUUACUCUU